AUGCCAUAUAUUGACAAGACAGAGGAGUUCUUCAAAAAGGUUGAAAAGUUAAGCAAUGUCAACUUCAAUUUGCGGAAGGGUAGAAGUAUCUCCCAAGAUACAGAGGUGAAUGAAUUGGCCUCCAAAAUUACAGACUUGCUACACAGAGGGAAUCAAAAGUUACAGCAGUUAGAGAAAUGUGUCAGGCAAAAAGGAAUUUUCAAUGACAAGACGUCACAAAUAGAAGAAUUAACAUACGAAGUUAAACAAGCCAUAACAGAUACCACAAACGAAUUAGAUGGACUUACUGAAUAUGUCUGUAACCUUAACAUUAGCAAUCCUCAAGGGAAAACACAUUUGGAUAAUAUUAUCUUUUCUUUAAAAAAUAGACUUAUUGAGUUUACAAAGAAAUUUAAGGAUGUUCUCCAUAUUAGGAGUGAGCACAUAAAGAAACAAGUAAACCGUAGAAAAAUGUAUUCCUACACAACAACAGAAUCGACAUUUAGCAACGAAAAUUACAAGUUUACUCCUAUUUCUGAUAUUGAUAUUGAAAGUGGGCAGCAACAAACGCUGCAAAUGCCUGAACGCUCGUCCUACUUGCAUUCGAGGGCCGAUGCUAUGGAAAAUAUACAAAGAGUAAUCGGAGACUUAGCGCAGAUGUUUCAAAAGGUUGCAACCAUGGUAACUCAACAAGACCAAAUGAUUCAGCGUAUUGAUGAAGAUAUCGAUGUUUCUUUAUACAACACAAUGGAGGGACAAAACUAUCUCUUGUCAUAUUUUAACCGUUUAACUUCUACUCGGACGCUCAUACUCCAGAUUUUCGCUUGCAUUUUCAUCCUGAUAGUAUUUUUUGUAUUGUUCGCAUAA